CUGAGAAACAUCUGUGAAGACUUUAAUAAUAAGUACGAGGAAGUAUCGGAGUCCGUCACUGCUUCCAGUAGGUCUUCUAUUGGAUCUAGAAACCUUACUAGUGGUCACCUUGGGAGUUUAUGUAAUAAAAAAUUGCCAGAAUUUGAGCUUCGCCCCUCCAUGAACAUGCACACGUACAAGACAUGGACGCAUGAAAUUGGACCAGUACUGAAAGAAGUCCGGCAGACUCUAAGUGAUAAAAUAUUGGAAGUUGGAAACAUGAUUAUGAAUGAACAACAAUGUAGAAACGAGUUUGAAAUACAAGCUACAGAACAAACAAGAUGUAUUGAAAUUCAGGAAAGCCAACUACAAGAAGAACAGCAAGAAAGUGAUGUUCGCAAAAAGCAUGAAGAGUUCCAGUUUAACAAAUACCACACAGAGUAUACAAACCUGCAAGAACAGCUACUUAAAGAGAGAGACAACCAGCAUGCAACAGAAGCAGAGGAAGAAGCUGAAUUACGUAACUUAAGAAAAACGGUUGAGGUGAAAGAACAGGAGUUAGCAGCAUUUAAGGAAGAAUGCAUCCAGCACCUCAAGACUAUUGUGAAAAAGACACAGGAAAUGAUGAACAGGGUUGAGGAAAAGAAAAAACAAACCUGCAGGUUUUAUGAAGAUGUGUACCAGAAAAUGAAAACUCAAGCCAAACAUUAACUUCCCGGUCAAAGACUUUGUUACUCUAGGUUUCUGAUAUUUGUUUACAUUUGUAUAUGGAAUUUUAAAGUUUAUUUUUGUCGUGUAUUUUAUGUGAUUAAUAACCAUCUUCUUUUAUAUUUCUGAUAUUAUGAAGCUUACAGUUAGGCCAGCUAUAUAUAUAUAUAUAUCAACCCACUGGUAAUCAAAUAAAAAAAAUUACUGACAGUCGAACUGCUUAAUCUUUCCUCUCAACAUUGAAAUUAAAUAUUUUAUGUAAAUUAAAAAUAUUUAGAUAGUUCGCAAACAAAACUUAAUAAAGACCGCUAUCUUGCAAUUUUUUAACUGUUAAUAUAAAGCUUUGUUAGAGCAGAAACAAAGUAGACUUUACCAGUGAUCUUAAUGGGUUUUGUGUGUAUAGAAAGUGUUGUCCAACUAAGUUUAGUGUUUAUGAUAUCAUACUCAAUAUUUAUGAAAAAUAAAGUAAUUAAAAAGGCACUUUGAAGCUGAACAAGGCAGUUUGACUUUUCUUACAGAUACAACCAUAAAACCUGAACAAGGCAGUUUGACUUUUCUUACAGUUACAACCAUAAAACCUGAACAAGGCAGUUUGACUUUUCUUACAGUUACAACCAU